AUGAUGAUGAAAGGAAGUCUAUUACUUGUCUUUGGUAUAAUUCUAUUAAAUUGUAUAAUAAAUGAAUGUCGAAUAAUUCAAUGUUAUUCUUGUUCAGAUUGUGCUAAUUCAGUAUUAAAAGAUGUUAAUAUUAUUCAAACAACUAAUGAUAAAGAUCAAUGCAUUAAAACAACAAUAUUAACAGGAACAAAUCGUGAUAGUGACAAACAAGUUAAUCGUGGUGCUUCAUCACAAUGUCAACCAUAUUCAAGUGAACAAAUUUCAAUUUAUUGUUGUCAAUCAGACUUUUGUAAUGCAUAA